AUGAAUGAUUGUAAAAACAGCAGUGAAAAUGAAUUCUACAUCCUAGCAUUUUCUGCUUCUGCAUCUAUUGAAACUGUGCAGUUCCUUGGGAUUUUAUUCAUGUACUUAGUGGCAGUUCUUGGAAACAUGAUUAUUGUUGGACUUGUAAUAAGUGUGUCCCAGCUACACACGCCAAUGUACUUCUUCUUGUGUAACCUCUCUGUUGUUGAUAUUACAUAUGUUUCGAACACCCUCCCUAUGCUGUUGUCUAUCACUUUAACACAUGACCACAGGAUCUCUUAUCAGGGUUGCAUUACUCAAACAUAUUUCUAUCUGUUCUGCACAGCCACAGAGAUCUUUAUACUGACAUCCAUGGCUUAUGACCGCUAUGUGGCAAUUUGUAUCCCCUUGCAAUACCCUAUGAUUAUGAACAAACAAGUAUGUAUUGCAAUUGCAACAUGUUCUUGGCUCAUCAGUUUAUUGAACUCACUGUUACUUAUUGUGCUCACAUCUAUGCUAUCAUUCUGUUAUUUUCAUGAGAUCAACCAUUUCUUCUGUGAGCUGAAAGCAUUGCUAAGUAUUACCUCUACUGACACAUCAAGCAGGGAAAUAUUACUCAUUUUUGAAGACAUAUUUAUAGCUUUCUUACCAUUCUUACUCACUAUAAUUUCUUAUGGUUACAUUGUCUCCACUAUCUUAAAGGUCCAAUCAUCAAAUGGACGACUCAGAGCAUUCUCCCGCUGCACUUCCCAUUUCACCACUGUCCUUUUAUUCUAUGGCCCUGGUAUCUCCUUGUAUUUGAAGCCACAUUCAGACAAUUUUCAAGAGCAAAACAAGGUGUUUACAAUGCUUUAUGUAGCUGUGGUGCCAAUGUUAAACCCAUUGGUGUAUAGUCUUAGGAACAACGAGGUUAUGGGAGCUAUCAAGAAACUAACCAAUGUUUAUAGAAAUAUAAUUUAA